AUGAUGGUCUCUGAAGUAUGUGGUCUUAAUGAUGAGCAACGUUUUCUUGACGUCAACGAAGAACCUGAUAAAGUAUUAACUCUAUUGCCAACACCUGUUAAUCGAGGAAAAGAAAUGCUAUCCAUUAGGUAAAUGUGCGCAUUCCAUUCUUAAUUCAAACUUUAUUGAAGAUUUAUUGAAUAAAAUAGACUCAUUUUCAAGUUCGUUUCAUAUGAGAUGUAAUGGUGCAUUACGUGAUGUGGAUCACACAAAAGCAGCACCCUUGUGCGACUAUUAUAAAUUAUUAAUGUCCGCACUAAACAAAUAUUCAUCAACUCAAGAUGACGUAUGGCGUGCUGUUACUUCACGCAUAGAUGAGUUAAGUGUCAUUGGUGCAUUUCUCGACAAAAAGAAGCAUUGAAGAUUGUUCAAAAUUAAAUGUUAUAAUGAAACGACAAUUCAAAAUCAUUCACAUGAUUCAAAUGAAAUUGAGUCUAUUUUAUCACUUCAGUGUGGGUGUUGGUCAGUAAAGAAAAGACGCACCCACAUCCAUAACCACACAUCAAAAUCUCAUAUACACCCAAACCCACUCAUACCAUACACCCCUGUUUGCUAUGCGAAAAUCCGUACAGGUAAAAGUAAGGUACAAUUCGGAUUUUUUUAAUUUUUCUCCGCAUAUUUCUUUAUUACAAAUGAUUAUGCACUUAAAUAUUUAAACAGUAUUAUUAGUCAACAGUAUCAUAUUUGCAAUUAUUGUGGCGAUUGGAAUAUAAUAGAACUGCUGGUUUUCAUCAAGAGAAACGAAAGUCUAUAUUUGCAUGAAGAAUCCAUAUUAAUAUGCUUGUUAAACCGAUCGAAAUAAGUGAUAACUGCUGCGUAAAUUAUAUAUGAAAAGCUACCACACAAUAUAAGGAACACUAUAAAAUUGUUUUGCUUGCUAACAUCGAAUGACACAGUUGUCCUCUAGCAAAGAUUUGAUAACAUAUGGCUCGGACAGUGCUCUGAGUGACUAUUAAGUUCACGUGCAAGCCUCUCUACGAUCGAUCAAGUUAUUCGAUGGAAAUCACACGCAUCGAUAAGCACGAAUGUGCUUUAAUAUGCAGACUUUCAUCAUACGAAUAAGAUAUUUGAAAUGCAAAAUAAAUU